UCCCCCAUUAUUCUACAGAAAUUGCUUUCUUACUAAUCUCAGCACCAAACUAAUCUUCCUUAGUUUGAACGAAAGUCCAGCAUCCUGACUUUGAAGCCCACUUUUCAACUAAAACCCAUCAUUUCUUUUCCCUUCCUUCACACUCCAUUUCCCAUCAAGAACCAACAAAUGAACUGUUGAGUAACACCGAACCAAAGAUGAUGAAUUCUGAUUCAAUCAAGCCUAUGGCAGUACCAACAAAAGAGGAAGAUACUACUUCUUUGCUUUCUUUUGACACAGAUUCUUCCCAAUCUACUCCUCCAAAAACCCCUUUAACUACAUUAAUUUUCACAGCUUUAAUUCUUGUUACUUGUAUAGCUCUAUCUACAGCUGUUGCCUUUGGUUUUCUCUUCUUUUCAUCCACUUCACAUGGUUCUCUAUCCAUUUCUAAUGUAUCAAGACCACUCAAGAAACUGAAACAUCCAGUUGUAAUCUUGAUUUCCUCAGAUGGAUUUAGGUUUGGAUAUCAGUAUAAAACAGAUACACCAAAUAUUAAUAGAUUGAUCAAGAAUGGUACAGAAGCUGAACUUGGCUUAAUUCCUGUGUUCCCAACUUUGACUUUUCCUAAUCAUUAUGCUAUUGUUACUGGUUUAUACCCUGCUUAUCAUGGUAUUAUAAACAAUUAUUUUCUUGAUCCUAAUACUGGUGAGGCUUUUAGUAUGGGGAGUCAUGAUCCUAAGUGGUGGCUUGGUGAGCCACUUUGGGAGACUGUUGUUAAUAAUGGUCUUAAGGCUGCUACUUAUUUUUGGCCUGGAUCUGAGGUGAAUAAAGGUGGUUGGACUUGUCAGGAAUUAUUCUGUAAGAGGUAUAAUGGUUCUGUCCCGUUUGAGGAACGAGUUGAUACUGUUUUGAAGUAUUUUGAUUUGCCUAGUGAUGAAAUUCCGUCGUUUAUGACACUUUAUUUUGAAGACCCUGAUCAUCAGGGUCAUAAGGUUGGUCCAGAUGAUCCUGAAAUCACUGAAGCGGUUGCGAGAAUUGAUGGGAUGAUUGGGAAGUUGAUUAAAGGUUUAGAAGAAAGAGGGGUUUUUGAGGAUGUGAAUGUUAUCAUGGUUGGGGAUCAUGGUAUGGUUGGGACUUGCGAUAAAAAGUUAAUCUUUUUGGAGGAUUUGGCUCCGUGGAUUGAAAUUCCAAAGGAUUGGAUACAGUCAUAUAGUCCAUUGCUUUCCAUUCGUCCACCACCGAGUUACUCUGCCAAGGAUGUUGUUACCAAGAUGAAUGAGGGCUUAAAGUCAGGGAAGGUUCAGAAUGGGCAGUAUUUGAAAGUCUAUUUAAAGGAGGAGCUGCCUGAUCGGCUGCAUUAUUCCGCGAGUGAUCGAAUACCACCCAUUAUUGGGUUGAUUGAUGAAGCAUUUAAAGUCGAACAGAAGAGCUCAAAAAGGAAAGAAUGUGGUGGAUCUCAUGGUUAUGACAAUGCCUUUUUCUCAAUGAGGACCAUAUUCAUUGGCCAUGGUCCUAAGUUUGCUAGGGGCCGCAAAGUCCCAUCUUUUGAGAAUGUUCAGAUUUACAACCUGGUUACCAAAAUCCUUAAUAUACAAGGAGCAUCCAAUAAUGGGACAACAUCAUUUCUAGAGUCGAUCCUUUUACCCAACCACUGAGAUUUAGCUAAUCAGGAAUGGAUUCUUUAUGCUACCAGAGGUCAGAGAAUAUCAUGUGAUUUUUGUAUGCUUCUCUUAACAAUUAGAAAUUAUUGUUAAGUUGAUUUAAGGUGAUGACCUAGUACUGAAGGUUAUGCACCUUUGUACCUCGUGGCAUCACUUCACUUUUGUUUGCUUUCAGAAUUAGUCUAUUAGGUGUUGCAACUUUUAUUUUAUAGCUGGCUUAUUAUAAGAUUAGUAAAUUUUUUGCUGUUAUGUAGAUAAAGAAUGAAUUGAUAAAUGAAUAUAAAUAUUUCAAUAUAUUUGUUAAA